CUGUCCGAGCAGCGUUCAGGUGCCAGGGGGGAACUGCUGGGUGAAGUAGAGACGGGAAGAGGAAACAACCUGAAGGGAAUAUAAGAGACUGCUACUAAACAUCAGUCAUAAGCGUGGACGGUGGUGCUUAUUAAGACGGAUUGAAAGCUUUUCAGACAUGUUCCGCUGAUGUAAAGAGAGAUAAUUAGGUGGCCCUGGAUUUGCUCGUCGAAGUUUUGGCUUGAAGAAGUUCACGACGGCUCGGCUAACCACUAGCGUUAACACCGCCGGGACUAUCGUCUACCACUGACACGGACCUGCACAACAAAGAGAGACAAACAUGGUGUCCUGGCUAAUCUCAAGAAGCGUUGUGCUGGUGUUCGGGACUCUGUAUCCUGCAUACAACUCUUACAAAGCUGUCAAGACCAAAAACGUCAAGGAAUAUGUGCGAUGGAUGAUGUACUGGAUUGUGUUUGCACUUUACACUGUACUGGAGACCAUCACUGAUCUAACACUGGCAUGGUUUCCUCUGUACUAUGAGCUAAAGAUAGCCGUGGUGAUCUGGCUGCUGUCCCCCUACACACGAGGAGCGAGUCUCAUUUACAGAAAGUGUCUGCACCCUCUGCUCUCGUCCAGAGAGAGGGAAAUAGACGAGUACAUCGUGCAGGCGAGAGAAAGAAGCUAUGAGACCAUGGUCAACUUUGGAAAACAGGGUCUGAGCAUCGCAGCCACUGCUGCUGUCACUGCAGCUGUCAAGGGUCAGGGCGCCAUCACAGAGAAGCUGCGCAGCUUGAGCAUGCACGACCUCACCCAGAUAGGCCAGCAGGACCUCAGAGGAGGAAACCAGCUCUACGAGUACAGCUCGCACUCUGCCAACCCCGCCGCCAUGAGGAGAACUCAGAGCAGUGACGCCGCAGACGAAGCUGAGUACUUUUACGACCAAGAGGAGAGGACGGAUGAAGACGCUGAGGCAAUCUUCUCUGAAGACGAGGCUGUCACUCAGAAAGGACUGAGACGAUCACAGAGUGUAAAGAUCACACGGUCCAGAGUCCGCAAAGAUGCUCGUUAUGGAUCCCUGAAGAUUAAAGGCAAGAAGAGACCAGCCCUGAGCUCCGUGAAUUACGGACUGUGAAGAGACUUCUGCUGACACACAAUUACACAUAACAGACACACAGCAGAGCAGUCUGCUGAUUGGUAGAUGGUAUUGUCAUCUUAUGUUCAAACCGUUCUCUGUCUUUUAAUUUCUGCUGAACUCUUAUCCCUUUGGUGACGAGUUUUCUUCUUGUCACGUAUUUAUUACCGACGUCAUCCAGAAACGAUGACCAUCAGAGAAACCAGCGACUCUGUAGGAACUGUUCUCUCUCAGAAACCAGCGACUCUGUAGGAACUGUUCUCUCUCAGAAACCAGCGACUCUGUAGGAACUGUUCUCUCUCAGAAACCAGCGACUCUGUAGGAACUGUUCUCUCUCAGAAACCAGCGACUCUGUUGGAACCGUUCUCUCUCAGAAACCAGCGACUCUUCACAGCUGUUUUCACACAUGUUAAAAUGCUAAAUGUUUCUGGAAGAUUUCAGGACAGGCUGCCUUUAAAAUGUUCCAGCCUUUGCAUCUCACAGCUGGAGACCUUCACUGUUGGACAGGAGGUGGGGGUUGUUAAAAGCCAAAGAGCCCAUCGUAUGACGACAGUUUUGGCCCUAUAUGUCAAUGCAACGUGUAAUUAGCGAAUCACAUUAUUAUAAGAAGCAGCUUCAUUACGGGCCACAGAUCAUGCCGGUUGCCCACCAGUCACAUGCUGUAUAAAUGCCGUCAUCAAAACCCACUGAAUCGACUUAAAUUUCACAGAAUAUUAACCUGCUGCAUUGUCACAUCGGCUCGCCCUUGGAAGUUUUGGGAAAUUUUCAGGAGUUUUGUGCAUGUGUGAAAACACCUAUUAACUCUCGAGGGACCCAUAGGCUCUAAGAGAACACUUGACACAGAGAUGUUUUUCUUUUAGUUUUACAGAAUACCUUCUGGAUGGACCCUGUUUAAUCUGUAUUUCAUUGUAGAUUAUUUGUAGUUUUUGUAGUUAUACAUGUGUAGUCUUUAAGUUUUUAGAUCCAUCUGUCUACUAAGGUUAUUUUGCUUUAUUUCUUACAAGGUGUGGGAACCACUUUCUAAUAAGGUAUUCUUUAUAAAAUUCAUAAAUUCAAUACAUAAGAAAUAGUUGAAUCAUUUACAAAUCCUUUGGAGGACUGCUAGUAGCCGUAAUGAAUUUUUAAAUGUAAUUAAAAAGUUUUUGAAAAAAACAAAAUAAACAAAGGCUUAUCCACAAAAGGAAGCCAAUGGGAAACUGCAGUUCCUCAAGUGUCCACUUGAGGCUGGCUCCAAUAAAUAAGGAAGUCCCCUUGGCACUCAUAUUAAAAUGCCCUUUUUUACAGCAGAAAUAAACAUGUUUACAGCCUGGUACUAAAACAGUUUUAGGCUGAUCAGUCUUAACAAUCUUAAAAAGCUGCUCCAGAACUGGUGAACAACAAACUUAUUAUUUUUAAGAUAAUUAGAAGUCCCCCUUUGUUUUUUAAUAUUAGAGUUUGAGUAAUAUCAAAUUACUCACUUUCGAGUGUAAUCGUCUGCCGCUUCCAGCUCCUUUAGAUUGGCACGCAGUGAGUCGGGAUACGUUGGGUCCCAAAGGUUGCUCUGGAUAGGGAUCCUUCGUUGGCUGGGAAGAAACACAGUCUUCAAUGCCCCUCUAUGAGAAAUCAAUCUUCUAAAGCGCCCUACGAAGGAUGCAGCCCCUGAAACUGAACCUAGCUAAUGUUCCAGACUUGUCUUCUAUCUUCCAGCUCAUUGUUGUUUUAAUGUUUCACCUCCUUCUUGAUGUGUCUUUAAACUCCACUGCACACCACCUGCUCAGAAACAAACAGCAUGAAGUUGGCGACUAGCUGCAAGUGUAAUAUUAGAUAUUGUUUCAGCAUGUAUAUAACAUCAUUUUACAUGUAAAUCUUCAAAUAACAUCAAAAGCCUUUUAAGGUGAUGCUCUAUAAAGAACACCUUAUUAACUCGUGGAACCAGUUUUGUGUCUGUUGCCUUUCAGGUAUUUUAAAAAAUGAUCCUCUUCACUCUACUAAUAGAGGUGAUUCUAACGCUGAGCGGCACAUCUUGGUUAAGACACUAUGCAACAUUCCCUGUUACAGAAGUGACAGCAUGAAAGGAGAGCAGGAAGAUCCUCCAUCAACCUUAUGAGACAGUGAAGUUUUAAUGUCACAGACGUGGAGGUGAGCCAGUCAGCAGAUAAAGGAGGAGGGAGACUGUAUAGACUCAAAGGGAAGAAAAAAAUGAUUCAACUUUUAGUUUGAGACCUUCAGCCUUUACAGAGACCCAGAGCUCCCGUUCAUUAACGAGGAUUUCUUAUUUUCCUGCUUUAUACUCGUGUAAUUUUAUAAGGUUAUACGCCUGGUUGUAAAUUUCACUAUGAAAAUUAGAAUUUACAAUAUUUUGCUUUUUGGUGUUUGUGUGUAUUACCUUUAGGUCAAAAGGAGUCUUUUAUAUUGUAACCACCUGUUUUUGCACAUAUUCCUCCUCCCAAACCAUUUUAUCAAUGCUGUUGUUGCGUGUCAUCUCAUUUUUUUUUUUUAUGUUCUUUGCUUUGGGAGGUUGCAGCACACAGCUAAUACCAACAGACUCUCAUGACGUUUUCAAGUUUGGCUUGUUUUUUUGGUCCUCAGUGCUGCUCUGGUGAUUAGAUGUUGAACAUCUCACCACCGAGUGGAGGUGGUGCCCUUUGGUCCGAGAGACUGUUGCUUAAGUACAUCAUCAACAGAUCCAAAGUCGCAUAUUACACCUUUACGUUUCCGACACGAGGACAAAUCAGUGUCACUGGUGACAGAUUGGCAGAUUUUCUACUGUGCUAGCCAAAUCUUUAUAAUGUCAUGAAGUCCUUUUAAUGCUCAUAACUGACUAAUGAUACCAAAGCUUUAUGGACUCACUGAGGGCUGUGCGGCUGCCCGGGUUUAGGAUUUGUGUUGGGAAAUGUCUGGAGUGUGUGUGGAUUAUAAAUAAAAUACAGUAAAUCCUGUCUGAGUGUUGUAAGGGCAAUAAAAAGAGUAUGUUUUUG